AUGAUUCGAAUAUUGAAAUACCGACAAAUUUUGCACAGAAAAGUGUUCGUACGCACCAUGUCAACAGGCUACCAAGCGCUGUUGAUACCCAGCAAAGAGAAGCUCGAUCUGCUCCAGAAUGUGGACUUGUUCUCGUCAUUUCAAGACUCUUCACAAGAGCCAAUAUAUGUAGAUACAGAUAGCGAUGACCCAUUUGAUCCAGCUGACUUAGUCGGUCUUGAGACUCUCCGAUCCUCCGGCGGCAGUUUUGAGGGCCAGAAACGGAUGAAUUCGGCCGCCUCCAUGCCCUUAAACUGGCUACAUAGCUCUCCUAGACAAGCCACGUCCAGACGCUCUUCACAGCUGAAGGGAGCGCAAAUCGUAAAACGAUCCCCCCAACAUCAUAGAACGCCUACAAAGAGACGGCUGGUUUCGCCGCCUUCGAUUUACUCAACGCCACAGGCAGAAAUCAGUGACUAUGAAUCAGAUCUCGUUGAAAAGCUUGUAGAUGUGACCAGUGCAGCGAUGAACCAAUUAAACCAAGGCAUUGGCGAAGUUUCGGCUCUUCUGAACGCCGUCAAGAGCGAGGCUGAUGCACCUAUAUUGAAAUCUGAGAGUGCUCUAGACAGAGCUCCAAUGCUCGAAGGACUCGAUACUUCAAAAGCAAAGAAGUCAGUAUCUUUCAAUGCCAUGGCCACACAGCCAGGCGAAUCUAGUGUUGAUUCGAAGGAUGUUGAUACUUUCAAGGAGCUCAACUCAAAUAAAAGACCAUGGUUCAUGCUACUGCCAAAAGAACGCACCAUUAAACCCCCACCGGCACAAAAUCGCCAGAAGUCGGCGCCGUUGAACGCAACGAUUCAACUUGCGACACAAGCUGUGCCAAAUAGUCUACUAUCUGAGUCAGCCGAGAAACUUGUCAAGCCAAUUCUCCUUUCGCAGGAACAAGAGUACGUUCGUCAUUUAGCUCUACAAGGAAAAUCAAUGUUCUUCACAGGAUCAGCCGGUACUGGUAAAUCUGUUCUUUUAAGACAGAUCAUUAAGGACCUCAAGGCAUUACAUGGGCCAGGAACUGUUGCCGUCACAGCAUCUACCGGCUUAGCCGCUUAUCAUAUUGGCGGUAUAACUGUUCAUAGCUUUGCCGGUAUAGGACUCGGCAAAGGCGACCUUCCAGCUUUGAUCAAAUUGGUUCGCAGGAACAGAAAAGUUUUCAGACGUUGGAAGGAUACAAAGGUUCUCAUCAUUGAUGAAAUAUCCAUGAUUGACGGGAGACUCUUCGACAAUUUGGAUGGCAUUGCGCGUGAAAUCCGUCGCAAAAAGAAUACUCCUUUCGGAGGUAUUCAAGUCAUUGUCUGUGGUGAUUUCUACCAAUUGCCCCCAGUCAGCAAAGCGCAAAUAAAUCCGGAUGGAACUGAAUUGAAGGAGCAAUCACGGUUCACUUUUGAGAGUGAAGCAUGGAAGAAUGCCUUGACCUCGAGUAUAAUUUUGAAGCAAGUGUUUAGGCAACAAGGUGACCAGACCUUUAUUGACAUGCUCAAUGAUCUCAGACAUGGUCGAGUUUCAGAAGAAGCGGAAUCAGAAUUUCGCCGUCUCUCCCGCCCCCUCGUUUGCCCUGAUGGUAUUGUGCCCACAGAAUUGUAUUCUACUCGAUAUGAGGUUGAGAAUGCAAACAACCUUAAAUUGGUGAGACUUGGUGGCUCUACUAGAGUUUAUGAAGCAAAGGACGGUGGAUCUUUGCCUCCAGCAGUGAAGAACGCAUGGCUUAGUAAUUUUUUGGCACCAAAGAAAAUCUUCUUGAAAGAGAAUGCGCAAGUGAUGUGCAUAAAGAACUUUGAUGAUACUUUAGUCAACGGUUCUUUGGGUCGGGUCAAGGGAUUCAUCGAUAGAGAUACUUAUCUCUGUCAGAAAAUCAUGGAUGAAAAUCCUUCGAUGUCUCUUGAGGAAACAACCAAACUCUUUGCAAAACACAGAGUGGCGUAUUCUUUGUCUCAAAAGACUAAUCAUGAUGUUCUGAUUGAUGAGAUUACCGAUGAUAUGCUCAAAGCAGCUCCAGAGCAGCUUGACAGCGUAUUUAACUUUUUGCAUGAGGACAAAGACUUUUCUCAGUUGCUACAGAAUAUAGAUUCUAAUGAAGGGUUGCCAACGGGUUUCGAUUCAUCGGCUCCCAUAGAGGUUAACGAUGUAACCGAUGAUGAAUUAAUUCGGCAAAAUAAGCGGCGGAAAUUAGAUUUUAUCAGCAAGGUUGAAGAAAUGGCUAAAGGCGAGAAGUAUCCGUUAGUCGAGUUUUCCUCACCAGAUGGUCUUUCUUCUAGAACAGUAUUGAUCGAACCUGAGAGGUGGGAUAUUACAGACGAGGCCACCGAGGAGGUUUUAGUGUCAAGGGUUCAACUUCCUUUGAUGCUUGCCUGGGCCAUGUCAAUCCACAAAUCUCAAGGUCAAACUUUGCCAAAGGUGAAAGUUGAUUUGUCUCGCAUUUUCGAGAAUGGCCACGCAUAUGUGGCAUUGUCAAGAGCUGUUGCAAGAGAAGGACUACAAGUUGUGAACUUCAAAACCGAGAAAGUCACCACACAUGGUGCCGUCGAAAAGUUCUAUGAAUCGCUUUCUACUACCGAGGAUUUAGCCAAGGAUCAUACUUGA